AUGCUGACAUUCAAGGAGUGGCUAAACGACGUCUUCCUGCACAUACAAUUUACGAUUGGGGAAGAAAACAACCAGCUAGCCUUCCUGGAUAUCCUCGUUUGCCGCAAAGACGCUGGUGGCUUAAAAACUAAAGUGUUCAGGAAAAUGACCAACACUAUGGAAUUCCUGAACUUCAACAGCAACCAACGCAGCUGCGUAAGAGCGCUAUACCGGCGCGCUCAAACGCAUUGCAGUGAGGAGGAAGACAAAAUUGCUGAAUUAUGCGACAUCUCUGACGACAGCGAGCAUAAUUUUCGCGAAAUUAUCAAGGCCGCAUCCAACAUGGACAACGAAACCGCGGCCAUUAAUGACUCAAAAACGAAAUGUCAAGCCAUCACCGUACCUAUUAAGACCCCAAGCGGUGAUUACAGGAGCUGA